GCACUGAAGAUCCAAUUCUUUUGUUUUCCAGGAUGCGUUACGUUGCAGCUUACCUUCUAGCGGUCCUCGGUGGCAACGAGUCUCCCACGUCAAAGGACUUGAAAAAGAUCCUCGACAGUGUUGGCAUUGAGGCGGAUGAUGAACGCAUGAACAAGGUUAUUAGUGAGCUGAAUGGAAAAAACAUUGAGGAUGUCAUUGCUCAGGGUAAUGGAAAACUUGCCAGCAUGCCAGCUGGGGGAGCUGUGGCAGUCUCUGCUGCUCCUGCGGCUGCUGCUGCCCCUGCUGCCGCUGAGGAGAAGAAAGAAGAAAAGAAGGAGGAAUCUGAAGAAUCUGAUGAUGACAUGGGAUUUGGCCUAUUUGAUUAAUUGUUUGUUAUAGAGAAAAUAUUAAAAUUCUUUGUUU